AGAGCGCUGUUUAUCAUACACGAGAUCCAAGAUCGCAUUGUCAUCUUGUAUGCUGUGUCCUUGUUUGUACAGUUACCAAUUGUUAAUAAAUUCUUGGUGUGACAACGACAUUUAAUAAAAACAAUGAAUAUCACAUCAGCUGGGGGAAUUAUAUCUUUGCUUGAAGAAAACCAGCCAGAGCUGAAGACAUUUGCCCUGAAGAAAUUAAAUCAAAUUGUGGAUGAAUUCUGGGCAGAGAUAUCUGAAGCAAUUGAAAAAAUUGAAGUACUAUAUGAAGAUCAAAGUUUUGCCCAGAAACAAUUGGCUGCGCUUGUUGCAUCAAAGGUUUACUACCAUCUUGGCUCCUUUGAAGAUUCUCUCACAUAUGCCUUGGGAGCUGGAGAUCUAUUUGAUGUCAAUGUUUCUUCAGAGUAUGUUGAGACCAUAAUUUCAAAAUGCAUUGAUCAUUACACAAAGCUGAGAAUCUUCAACACUAUUAGUAAACUUGAGGAUCAAAAGCCAAUUGACCCCAGAUUGGAAGCCAUUGUAAACCGAAUGUUUCAGAGGUGCUUUGAAGAUGGUCAGUAUAGACAAGCUGUAGGAAUUGCUUUAGAAACAAGGAGAAUGGAUAUUUUUGAAAAAGCAAUUCUAAGUUCAGAUAAUGUGCAGGCAAUGCUGUCAUACAGUUUUAGAGUAACCAUGUCACUGAUCCAGAACCGGCACUUUAGAAAUGAAGUUUUAAGAGUUCUAGUUCGUCUGUAUAAAAAUCUAGAAACUCCAGAUUAUGUCAACAUGUGUCAGUGUUUGAUUUUUGUUGAUGAUGCUCAGUCUGUUGGUGAUGUUCUGGAAAAACUCAGCAAAGGCAGUGAGGAAAAUGCUCUAAUGGCAUACCAGAUUGCUUUUGAUUUGUACGAAAGUGCUACUCAGCAGUUUUUGGCUCGGGUUCUUCAGGCUUUGAGAGCUACUGCACCAGUCCCCUCAACAAUCACUUUACCAUUAAUUUCUUCCAAGGAGAAAAAAGAAGGAGAAACUAUGGAAACAGACCAAAAGGAAUUGACUGAUUCUCAACCCUUACCAGAAUCAACACCUAAAAAGGAAGACCUGAGUGAGGAACAAAAGAAGCAUCAAGAAAGAAUUGAGAAGCUGGCCACAAUACUGGGGGGUGAAGUUACCAUCAAUUUGCAUUUGCAGUUCUUAAUAAGAAACAACCAUACAGAUAUGCUUAUUCUAAAACAUACCAAGGAUGCUGUAAGAAACUCUGUUUGUCAUACAGCCACAGUGAUUGCAAACUCUAUCAUGCAUUGUGGGACCACAAGUGAUCAGUUUCUCAGGGACAAUUUAGAUUGGUUAGCUAGAGCCACAAACUGGGCCAAAUUUACUGCAACUGCUAGCUUGGGAGUUAUUCAUAAGGGCCAUGAAAAGGAGGCACUACAUUUGAUGUCAUCUUAUUUACCAAAAGAUUCAGGACCAGGAAGUGGAUACACAGAAGGUGGUGGUCUGUAUGCCCUGGGGCUGAUUCACGCUAAUCAUGGUGCUGCUAUCAUUGAUUAUCUUUUGAAUCAAUUGAAAGAUGCAUCCAAUGAGAUGAUAAGGCAUGGAGGUUGUUUAGGUUUAGGUUUAGCAGCCAUGGGAACACAAAGGCAAGAUGUAUAUGAACAAUUAAAGUUCAACUUGUACCAAGAUGAUGCUGUCACUGGUGAAGCUGCUGGUAUAGCCAUGGGUUUAGUUAUGUUAGGUUCAAAAUCUGCUACAGCUGUAGAAGAUAUGGUUGCCUAUGCUCAAGAAACUCAACAUGAAAAGAUCUUGAGAGGUCUGGCAGUGGGGAUCUCAUUGACCAUGUAUGGACGUUUAGAGGAGGCAGAUACUUUGAUUGAAAGUUUAUGUAGAGAUAAAGACCCUCUUCUCAGACGUUCUGGUGUAUAUACUAUAGCCAUAGCUUAUUGCGGAACAGGAAACAAUGCAGCUAUUCGACGAUUGCUGCAUGUUGCUGUCAGUGAUGUUAAUGAUGAUGUUAGAAGAGCAGCAGUAGAAGCUCUGGGGUUCAUUUUAUUCAGGUAA